CGAAGGUGGUCAUCCCUCUACUCGCAGUGAAACGUCUACUCACAAGCACAGCACAGAAACAGAACCAGUCCAAACCACCAAGUUUGAAACCGAAACCCGCUUCCGAAACCGAACCGAACAGUGCAUUUUUUCAGUGCCGGAAACCCCGAAACAUAUUCUCGCCCGUAUAUCUUCAUAGUGUGCAUCCCGAGUGCCAGUUUGAGAGUUGGUGAACUGUUCUCGUACGAAAAAGGAUUACAUCAAGAUGGUCUAUAACUUCAAGGUCUUCAAGAAGUGCGCCCCGAAUGGCAAGAUUACGCUGUACAUGGGCAAGCGGGACUUUGUCGACCACGUUUCCGGAGUCGAGCCAAUCGACGGUAUCGUCGUCCUGGACGAUGAGUACAUGCGCGACAACCGCAAGGUGUUCGGCCAGGUCGUGUGCUGCUUCCGGUAUGGCCGCGAGGAGGACGAGGUGAUGGGGCUGAACUUCCAGAAAGAGCUGUUCCUCGCCUCGGAGCAGAUCUGGCCGCGCCCGGAGAAGUCGGACAAGGAGCAGACGAAACUGCAGGAGCGCCUGCUGAAGAAGCUCGGCCCGAACGCCGUCCCGUUCACGUUCCAGAUGUCGCCGAACGCGCCAUCCUCGGUGACGCUGCAGCAGGGCGAGGACGACAACGGUGACCCGUGCGGCGUGUCGUACUACGUGAAGAUCUUCGCCGGCGACUCGGAGACGGACCGCACGCAUCGCCGCAGCACGGUUGCGCUCGGCAUCCGCAAGAUCCAGUUUGCGCCGACCAAGCAGGGCGCCCAGCCAUGCACCGUGGUGCGCAAGGACUUCAUGCUGAGCCCGGGCGAGCUGGAGCUGGAGGUGACGCUCGACAAACAGCUGUAUCUCCAUGGCGAGAGGAUAGGCGUGAACAUCUGCAUACGCAACAACUCGAACAAGAUGGUCAAAAAGAUCAAGGCCAUGAUCCAGCAGGGCGUCGACGUGGUGCUGUUCCAGAACGGCAGCUACCGCAACACGGUCGCGUCGCUGGAGACGAGCGAGGGCUGCCCUGUCCAGCCCGGGUCCAGCCUGCAGAAGGUGAUGUACCUGACGCCGCUGCUGUCCUCGAACAAGCAACGCCGCGGGGUAGCUCUCGACGGGCAGAUCAAACACCAGGACCAGUGCCUCGCCUCCACUACUCUUUUGGCGCAACCGGAUCAGCGUGACGCAUUCGGAAUCAUCGUAUCCUACGCGGUCAAGGUGAAGCUGUUCCUCGGUGCACUCGGUGGCGAACUGUCGGCUGAGCUACCGUUCGUCCUGAUGCACCCUAAGCCCGGCACCAAGGCCAAGGUGAUGCAUGCGGACAGCCAGGCUGAGGUGGAAACCUUCCGGCAGGACACCGUCGAUCAGACUGGCUCGAUCGACUUCGAUUGAAGCGCUAAAGUGAUCGCAAUCCGAUAACUACGAUGAACGGGCCUACCAGAAAACUCACACAUGAAAUAUACACACACACACACACCAACGAGAGGGAUAGAGUGAGAGAUAAAGAAAGAGAGAGAAGAAGAAGGAGUAAACGAAGGAAAUACACAGAUGCCACAACCGCAAACCGAACGCAAACGACCUACGAACGACGAUCGAGCUUUCCAUUCCAGUCCUUGUUUUCUUUCCCUCGCCGGUGCAGAAGUCAAGAAAGGAAGAGACACGGAACUACAACGCAAACGACGACCACGACACGAUUGGAUGAAACAAUCUUUAACGAGAUAGAAACUUUUUAACAUCAUAAAGAAAAACGAAGCAAUAAAGAAGCUUAUCUGCAAAUAUGUACCUUAUACUGAAAACGAAAAUCAAACACCCAACUUGAUCAGGUUCCUUCCAAGGAUGUGCUUGAACUGCAACCAUGCAUUGGUGCAUGUUGCGCUUCACUUAAAAGAGAGACUUGGUUAUGUACACUACAAUUGGGUGGAUGAAAAUAAAAAUAAAAUUUUUGAUUGGCUAAAAAAAAUUGCUUCUAAUAGCAGCGUUAUUUUUUUCUAGGUUUUUCCUAUUUUGUUGAUGUUAACAAAAACAGAUAUCGACACCCAUGUUCGGCAGAACUUUAUAUUAACAUCUGACCUUGUAUUUCAUUCAUUUAAAAAUGGAAUAUGUAGUCGUAAGCCCCAAGCGUGUUUCAUGUAAAGCUAAACACAUUUAAAUUAGUACCGAAAAAGACAUAA